AUGGGGCACAUGGAUCAGUAUCAGGGGCCAUCUGAAUCACCAUUAGAUCCUCAUCGGUCGAGCAGUCGGAAGAGAGGGGUGAGCGGAAACACAUUCACGCUGGUAGAAGAGCUGGAGCAGAAGCUGAGGAAUGCAUUGACCGAGGAAAGGAAAGCGAAAGACCAGUUCGAGAGGGAGAAGUUUGCUCAUGAAGAGACUAAGAAACAGCUCAGGGAAAAGACCAGCAGAGAACCAGAAACAGAGCCGAUUUCACUGGCUCAUAAGAUGAAAAACGAAUGCAAGGACAUUGAUGGGUUCAUCCGCGAAUUGCCAAAGAAGAAAGUGAUGGAAGACGGAAAAUAUCAACUGGCCAAAUACGAAGUCGGCGACGGAACGGGCAGCGGAGGGGGAAAGGUCCUCAUGGUCGUCGGAGCAACUGGAACAGGAAAAAGUACCCUCAUCGAUGGAAUCGUGAAUUAUGCAUUCAACGUGGAGUAUGAAGACGAUUUCCGUUUCAAGCUGAUCGUGGACGAAGGACUUGGUCAGCAAAAGUCUAAAUCCAAUAGUCAGACCAAGUGGAUCACGGCAUACGUUCUCAAUAAACAACAGGGAUUCAAUCUGCCCUAUACCUUGAUGGUCAUCGAUACCCCUGGGUAUCGAUUGGACACUGAAGGCUUCAAAGAGUGGAAGAAUCAGAUUCGGGAAUUUUUCUCCCAUGGUGGGAACAUCGGCGUGGAUCAACUCGACGGGAUCUGCUUCGUCGUCCCUGCCGGCCAGGCCAGGCUCACGCCCACUGAGAAGAACAUAUUCGACUUCAUCUUGGCAGUUUUUGGGAACGAUGUCGUGGAGAACAUCUUCGUUCUCAUCACGUUAGCGGACGCCCGUCGGGUGCCUGCCAAUUGCGCAAUCGACGAUGCGGGUAUUCCCUACAAGAAAUCGUUCAACUUCAAUAUUGGCGCUCUCGUUUGGAAAGAGGGCCUGGAAUCGCCCGAAUACGAGAAAUUCGAAAAGUAUUUCUGGAAUAUGGGUUUCACUAGCUUCAAAAAUUUCUUCCAAACCAUCCAAACCACCAUACCCGUGAGCCUCACCCUGGCAAAGGAAGUUCUGAAAGAACGGCAACGCAGAUGAAACUUUCGCAGAUAAAAGGUGUGAGGAAGGAAAGCUCCUCUCCACCCCCAACAGGCUGUAUGGGAGGAAAGGGGCUUACUCAAGGAGGGUUGGAGAGACCCCUCUCAGAUCUGCGCAGAAGCGCGUUUUGGGGGGUGGAACGUCUCGCACUUUCGUGUAUGCUGUGUAAGUAGAAAGGGUAGCGACGCACGCCUUUGGCAUGGGAAAUCGGGCAAGUCCAUGACAUCACGAAAUCCGAAACGUGUAGUUUUGUGAAUUCGAUGCCUGGUCAUCUUAUAUUACUAAUAGAUCGGAGCGUCAAUAGAAUCCUUUUCCCGUUACCAUUAUUCCCAAAUUUUUUUCCCAUUUCAAUUCCUAACGAUCCCG